GAUUGCAGAGCCUGAGCUGAGCGGCUUUAUCAAGUUAUUAAACAGCGGCGGUGUAUUUGAAUAGGGAUGCCAGACUAUUACAGAAUUGCUUUGAAAAUAAACUUGAAAAAUAUUUAUGUGGUGUGGCUCAAAUUUGGAACUAUAAAAUAUUACGAAUUGAUAGAGUGUAUUUAAAUGCCAACAAUAUUUAAAUAUAUUAAUUAUGUCCUCUGCUAUAUGUAAAUCUUUUCGUAGCAACCGUUAUAAAUCCAUCAAUAGGCUACACUUCCGCGCCUCAUCAAUAGCAUCAAAAAAGUUUCCCUUUCCGUUCUUGGAUUUUUCCAGUAAACCUAAAAAACCUCCAGUAAACAUGGACUCCGUUGAGGCUCAAUUUGUUCGUGAUACAAUUGCUAAAAACAAGGUUGCAAUAUUUAGUAAAACUUAUUGUCCCUAUUGCACAAUGGCCAAGGAGCCAUUCCGAAAACUGAAUGUUAAUGCAAUGAUAGUAGAGCUGGAUGGACGUAAGGAUGGCAAUGAAAUUCAAUCUGUUCUGGGCGAGAUGACUGGUGCUCGCACGGUUCCUCGCGUGUUUAUAAAUGGCAAAUUUGUGGGUGGCGGCACAGACAUUAAGCGAAUGUACGAACUGGGAACUCUGCAGAAAUUCUUCGAAUAAACCGGUUUUAGUUUACAAAUUUUCAACAUAAAUAAAAAAUGUAGUGCAAAUUUUUCAAUUAUGUCUAAAAAGUAUGUUAUUUUCAAUGUCCGCAGGCUUAGUCAGCAUUUUAUCUAAAUUUAUGUUGAUGAGUAAGCCUGGUCUGCAUGUGGUAAGAAUAAACGUAAAUAUAUGGUAAAUCCUAUCCAUAAA